CCAGCACCAUCCGCUGCUCUUCAACCUAAUAUUCUUAAAAAAAAAAAAAAAAAAUUAAAAACCUAAAAAAUUAAAAAUAAAGAAGAUGCUAACGACGUCGUCUUCAUCUCCGGCGGAUCUUAGCGUCCCGCUGAUCCCACCGUCGAAAAAAGCCGACGAACCGGUGGCCGGAAAACAGAAGCUGUGCAUCGACGACAUGUUGAACCGGUUCUGCGGCGAGUUCGGGGUCUGGCAAUUAAGGCACUUCGUGUUGACGAGCCUGGCUUGGGCUCUCGAGGCCUUUCACACCAUGGUCAUGAUCUUCGCGGACCGUGAACCGGAGUGGAGGUGCUUGAUCCCAGGUUCUUGCUCGACCGGUUCUGGAACUGUUUGUGGGUUAGAACCCGGUUCGUGGGAGUGGAUCGGCGGAUCGGCGAGCUCUACGGUGGCGGAGUGGGGGUUGAUUUGUGGACAAAAGUAUAAGGUUGGGUUGGUCCAGUCUCUCUUCUUCGGCGGCUGCAUGAUCGAUUCUAUUUUUUUCGUGGAUUCGAGAGUCCAUUUUGUCUACUAGAAUGAUAUCUAGUCCCCAUGUAUUCCGUUGCGUCAAGUGGUAUCAGAGCAAGGUUUCUCCGGGCUCGAUGUCAUUCAUCGAAAGAUGAAGCACAAGCUUUAUUGACGAUGAUCGUAGAGAAAGAUCUAAUAGGAUUCGAGUCAAUGGACUUGCCCAAGGCCAACCUGUUAGUCACAACAUUAAUAGGAACCACGCUAUGGGAUUUGUCCAAGGUCAGCCUAUUAAUCACAACGUCUUAAGACGAUCUUCUCGUUAUCAAUAUGAUAGUGAGGACGAAUCUGAAGAUGAGUUAUUCGAAGAUUAUGGUGGUGAGUAUCAUUCGGUAAGGUGACAACGAAAAUUCGGUGAUGUGUUCAAUAACAAUAAUUGUAUCAAUCAUGACUUUUCAAAUCAUCAAGUACCACUAGAAACUCCCUAUUUUAAUGUUUCUUGUCAUGCCGAGGAUUUUAUUUAUUGGUUUCGCAAAGUUAACAAAUUCUUUGAGUGUAUGGAAAUCUCUGAAGAAAAGCAAGCCAAAUAUGUUGCACGUAAGUUAGAAGGUUAUGUUUUUACAUGGUGGAAACAAUUGCAAUAUGAUUGAAGGCGACAAUGCAAACAACCUAUUAGGACGUGGCAUAAGAUGAAGAAGUUGAUGAGUUCUAGAUUCCUUCAAACAAAUCAUGGGCAAAUAUUGUAUCUACAAUAUCAAAGAAAACUUGAAUCAAAACAGUUGUUCCAAAGUAAUUUUGAUUCA